CAUAGCAAAUUAUUCAUUUUGCCUGUUUUGCUCACAAUUUUAAUUUCAUUAUUUUGCUUCCCGUCUUAAAAUAAUUUUUAUUUGUACGAUUUUCUGUAAAGUAUAAUGGCUGGUGAAGUUAUUGUUGAUGCUUUACCUUACAUCGAUCAAGGUUAUGAUGAUCCUGGUGUGAGAGAAGCGGUAUUAUCUAUGGUAGAAGAAACUCGUCGAUAUGGACCGACUAAGAACUAUCUUGAACAUCUGCCACCUUUGAAUUUGCAUGCUUUUGAAACUGAAGUCAUGAAAACUGAAUUUGAAAGAUUACAAGCAAGAUUACCAAUGGAUGUAUUGAAAAUAUAGAUAAUAUUGUUGCUCAUCAGUGCUUCAAUUCUACAACCACUAUUAAGUAUUAUAGUUUACUAAAUUUAAUGAUUAUAUUUUAAAAUUUAUUGUAUUGACUGUAUUAUAUAUUGUAUUUAAAAGAUGAGUUGUUGAAUAUAGUCAAUUUUUUCAA